GGAAUUAAUAUCCUGUGGGAAGUUGAACCAGGAAAGAAGAAUGGUGCUAUUAGAGAAACUGUGGGACGACGUUGUGGCCGGUCCGCAACCGGCUCGAGGCCUUGGCAAGCUUAGAAAGAUCUCGACCGACCUGUCCUCGGAUGCCAAAAAAGGAGGAUCGUCGGGAUUGGCAACGAUACCCGGGAGUCCGGCGACGCCAACGACGCCUAUGUCACCGGGAUCGGGGAGAGCAAAGGACAACGUGUGGAGAAGUGUGUUUAACCCGGGGAGUAACCUUAACACUAAGAGCAUUGGCAAUGCUGUCUUUGACAAGCCCACCCAUUCCAAUUCCCCCACUGUCUACGACUGGCUCUACAGUGGCGGGAGCAGAAGCCAACACCGUUAAUGGGAGAGGACGAUGACACAGAGGUUGUCUCAUCCUUUGGACGGUCUAAUAAAACACGACUUGGUUUCAUCCAUUAACUAAUCACUUCACGAGAUUCUAUUUCUGACUUUCGAUUAAAUAAGUAAACAUACCACGCAGAACAAAAUGGUAUAUCUUUUACAUUUGAUUGUCAAAUGUAAUAAUAAUCUUUGCAGUAUUUGGAUAUUAUAUUUGAACCGUA